AUGAGACUUAUCACCUUUCUUCCUACGCUCGCGGCCUUCUAUCUUGCCCAUGGACUUGAAGCUCCUCUCCCAGGUUAUGGUGUAGAGGAGUUUUCUUGGGAAAUGGAAACCAGCCCUGGGGGUCCCACCGUGAUCCUCAGCGGCACUGUACAGGAGAUUUAUGCCGAGCUGAUCAAGAUCAACCCAACUUACGAUGGAGACUUUGCUGAGCUGGCAGCGAACAACACUCUCGCCGCUGAGAACCACGUCGAUACUUCUUCUUCUUCUUCUCUGCAUAAACGUAAUGACGUUACAUGCAACAACUACCCACAGGCCAUUCGCCGCCGAAUUGAGGAGGGCAUCUCGUAUCUCCGCGGCGUCAGUGGCCAGCCCCGAAAUGGUCCCGGCCCAGGAAACUGUGGUCGAGUGAGCUGCUCGUACAACUCCGCCAUUUGGUGGUGCAAUGAUAACACCGCGCCGAAGACCCUCCCCAGCUUCAAUAACAUCGCCGACGGCGCUCAGGUCGUCAUCAACCAGUGUGAUCCGACCGGCGUUUAUGUCUCCGGCGAGGAAAAUCAUGCCGACAAGUGGAGAGCUCUUGUCCGCUCUAAUGCGUGCUAG